AUGCCUCCCAUCCCAGCUGCCCAUAUGGCAAUGGUGCUAAGAGCAGUGGUAGCUCUAUUCGUCUUCGGACUGGGUAUGACAGCUGUCAGUGUCGUGGGCUUUCCCAACGACUACUACAGCGGACGUGUACAUCCGCCCCUACCUCCUCUGGACUAUUAUGGUGGGCCGAUCGACGUUCAGCAGCUUCUGCACGACGCACCGACUCCGACGCUGCCUCUUCACAUUUCGUACGCAGCGCCCUUCAAUAUCCUUCUCAAAUCAACUCCAACCACUGUUCCAACACCUCACGCCGUCCUCUUUCCCGCAUCCACGACUGAUGCACCAGCAUCAACUCCGUUUUUAGCCCACGUUAUUCCUCCACCAGGAGCUUCGAAGCUCGAGCUUCUUCUCAUCUGGUGGCAAAACCUAUUUCGCUACAUCAUCAAAAUCGUGUGCUCCACGAGCGUCCCGUCCUCACGAGCCACUUUAUGGCAAGCUUGGGGGAUCGCUUGCCGCAUCGCUUACCGGAUCCCUUGGGUCAUCUCUGCCACGGCUACGGUAAACUUCUUUCGGCAUCGGCUGAAUUUCCGGAAGUUCAACUGGACAAGUGUCAAAGGCAUUGGCAAGGCUGUAACGUCAAAAGCAAACGCUCAACUUGCGACAGGGACCAAUGCCACCCAGAACGCUCUCGCAGGAAUGUUUACGGGGAUCAUCCUUGAGCGCCAUCAAGAUCCGGCCACCAUGAUGUCGGCAAUGCACAGACUUUUGGUUGCCCAGUAUGGCAAUGCCUGCACAUUGAAGAUUAUGUCUGAAGAAGGAGAAGCGCGGCAACCCGAGGUUGUCAAGGGACCUUCCAAUGUGCAGGCCGAUCUCGAGAAGCGGAGAGUAUUCGACAUGGCCAACACACAUAUCAAAGAGACCUUAGCGAAGGAGAAGGCUCAUCUAAAUCGGAUAGCAAAUCAGGAAUUCAGAAGAUUGCGGAGGGUUCACGAAGACAAGCUGAAUGCGACCUACGAGCAGGAUGUGUUUGCAACAGCCAACAUCGAGCCCAGCUUUGGCCCUUCAUUGCGGAACGCUGAAGUAGAACUCCGAUGUCGAUUAGGCAAAGUCGGUAUCAAUGAAGGCCUGCGAGAAGACAUCACUAGCAUAUUCAAGGGUGUUUUGUACUCAUUUACCUACGCCAUGGCUGUUGAAGAGUCAAGGCCCGAAGGGCGCAAUACCCGAUACCUCGCAGUCAUAGACGGCCAAAAUGACCUAAUUGAGUCCCUUCGUCUACUGCACGAGCACCGAGAGAGAGCGUAUGCGGAGAACGAGGAGCUGGUAAGGUCGCUCUGUCUGUACAAUGUAAAAGGAGAGCUGGCACUUCCCGAUGAUAGCAAUGGUAUGUACCCAUGGGACAAGUACUCUCCUAAGGAUGACAAGUUCAUACUUUCACCACUUGACGGGCCCAUUGCCCUAAGCAUGAAGUUUUCUGUAUCUUCAGCGCCUUUUCGAGGCCGCCCUGAUGCCGAUCUGAACUCGGAACCGCACUGGCAGAAAUUUCUGGAAUCGAUCGCCGAGAAAAGUGCAGAGCAGGAAGUGAGACACGUGUCUAACGGAAAAUAUCGCAAUGCGGACGAGAGGGAAGGGGAAAGCGGUAUCAACGAUUCCAGUGUGGAGGAGCCUUACAAUGUCUUACAAGAUGAUAAUGAGGAGCUCCCCAACGAGGACGAAGCAAGCGAAAAAAGCGGCAUCAAGGAUGCUAGCGAACAGAACCAUCACGUUGUCGCACAAAGUUAUGAUGAUAUUUCUUUCGAUAAGACCGAAGUAAAGAGCAAGAGUGGUAUCAGAGACACCAGUGAGGAAAUUCAUCACGAUGGCUCGCAAAGUUCGGAUGUGGACCCCAAGGACGAUGAAAUAGAAGAGGAUACAGACAUCAAAGAUGCCAGUGAACAGGAUGAUCAUGGGCCAACCGAUCGUCCUUCGAGCCCUUCAGAAGAACGUGAUGCACACAAUGACCACCUUGCGGAGCCUGAUUUGCCUCCUGCUAGCACCACUGAGGACACUGGAGACGCAUUACUUGCAAGAGCUCUCGAAGUCCAAGAGCAAGAGUAUGAGCUACUCAAUGCCAAGGAUGAGCUCCAAUGGCAUGAAUGGCAGAUCGCGUACCUGAAAGAUGGCUACGGAACUCCCGAAGAUCCCUAUGCGAAACCCUCCGAAGAUAUCUGCGCAGAGCCUAUCGCACCACCUGCUUCUACUAGCAUCACCGAGGAAAGUAGCGAUGCAGCGAUCGCAAGACGGUUCCAUGAGGUAGAGUUGGUCGUGUGGCGUGCGGAUCGCAUCCGGCGCUUUGAAGAUGGGGCUGCAAUACUGACAGCGCAGGUUGCAAAUUUGGACGCAAUUCUCAGAGGAGGCGCUCCCAUGACAAAAACCCAGAAGCGCGUACUUGAACGUAAGCGCGCCAAAGCUAAGAGAGCUGAGGAAGCCGAGCAACCCCGAUAA